AUGAUCUCAAUUGAAGCGAAUGAAAUCCAAAAGAAAUUAUCGGAGUGUUGCAAUUUGCAGAUUCAGAUCAACGACCACUUACCAAGGAAGAUUUGUAUCUCAUGCAAUGCAGAAAUCCAAAGAAUUGCAUCUUUCCGUGAAAAAUUUCUUCGUUCAGAGGCGCAAUUACGACCUUUAACAGUUAAUUUUGGUUGCGAAUUUUGUCCUGAAACGUUUGACCAGCAAAAUGAUUUAACAAAUCACCUAAAAACGCAUUUAGAGACAUCAAAAACGCCAAACGCCUUGGGAUUAUUUCAGUGCAACGUUUGUCAAUUAAUGUUAAAAACUCACCGAACCCUCAUGAGGCAUCACGAAACGCAUUUAGGGAUCAAAUACAAGUGCAAAUUCUGUGACAAAAGCUACAAUCGUCAAUAUCGGGUAACGGAACAUAUGAGACUUGUUCACAGUGAUGAUGCUGAAAAUGUCAAAAAUUCUCUUGAUAAAUUUUGUUGCGAUUUGUGUGGCAAAACAUUUAUUAACAAGUACAAUUUACGGGAUCAUUUGAACGUCAUGCACUCAGAUGAACGUCCUUUUCUCUGCGGUAAAUGCGGAAAAAGUUUCAAAACCAAGCAAACGCUUAAUUAUCACGAAACUCGUCAUCAGCCCAAAAAUCGAACUUUUAAAUGCGAAAAUUGUCCAAAAGCAUUUUUCACGAAACAGGAACUAGAAAAUCACUCAAGAAGUCAUUCUGGUGAAAAACCUUUUGUUUGUGAGGAUUGCGGGGCGAAAUACGUUCAUGCUGACUCCCUGAAAACGCAUAAGAGACUUCACAGCGGAAUCAGGCCUUACAAAUGUGAAUUUUGUGUCAAGACGUUCGUUAGAGGGGAACAGUUGAAAAUUCAUCGGAGAGUUCAUACGGGAGAGCGACCGUUUGCGUGUGAAAUUUGCAAUAAAAGAUUUAAGCAGAAAUAUGACAAAAUUAGGCACGAAAGGGGGCAUUUAAGGGACCAAAAGGGAGAUGACACUGAGAUUAAAGAGGCGAUUUUAGCAAUUGUUGAUGGUUGUUAA